AUGACACACAAGUCCGUCUCCCAUACGGUCAACGUGGACGAUGAUGCAUGGGAGCACCUCAUCGCGAAUCCGGUGUCCGGUCCUGGUGGGAGGCUGUCGAUGCUCUCGCCGGAAGUAUCAACAAACAGCAGCAGCAUGUGCAAUGGAGCAAACGACUUUACUAACCCGGUUUUAUUUGUUAUCUUGCAAUUUCAGGAUCGGCACAUCCGGGCGGAAAGUGACGGCGACCCGAUCGUGGAUCCCUCCCAGGACUACACGCUGCUGCUGGGCUACGAAAACGUUACGCACACCGUGAUCCGGUUCAAGCGGAACCUGGAAACGUGCGACAGCAAGGACGAUUUCGCGAUUACGAACGACACCAUGCGGGUGAUAUUUAUGUACUCGCGCGAAAAGCCGGCCAAGGGGUCAACCCUGCCGGGCACGCUGCCGGGGCCGCUGGAGGCGUUCAAGGGGUCACGGUCGGUGUUUCUGACGCAGCGCACCAACCAGCACGCGCUGCCCAACUCGGCCAGCCUGGGCAUCCUGGAGCUGCGCAACGAGGACGUCGAGCUGCCCGAGAGCGACGAGAGUCUGUACUGGUGCAAGAUCUUCAAGCUGGACGACUUCCACCAGAAGCAUCACCUCGUGAGGUACGAACCGGUGUUCGACUCCUCGACCAGCGUGCUGUACCUGAACCACAUGCUGCUGUACGAGUGCCAGGGUCUGUCGGACGAGCUGGAGAACCUGUCCCGGCAGCGGGGCCAGCCGUGCUUCCAGCUGCAGUCGAUGCACUGCAACACCGUCGUCGCCAACUGGGCACGUGGAUCGGAUGGUUUCAGCUUCCCGCAGGAGACUGGUUAUCCGCUGGAUUCGCACCAGGCCACGUACUACAUGCUGGAGACUCACUACAACAAUCCGGACUACUCGUACGACUUUACCUCGUACUACCGGAAGAAUUUGAGCAAACAGCAGCGCAACAUGAACAUUCACGGUCACUCCGAGGAUGACGAGGAGGAGGAGGAAGAGGAAUCUGUGGAGGAUCAACCUCCGGUGGCGGACUAUGAGGAUGGGGCGGCUGUGGCCGCCGAACAGCAGGUGGUCGACAAUUCCGGUCUUAAGCUGUACUACACGCAGACGUUGCGCAAGUUUGACGCCGGAGUGCUGUCGGUUGGGUUGGAUCCCAACUGGCGCCACAUCAUCCCACCAGGCCAGCAGAAGGUUGUUUCUGAGGGCCACUGCAUUGGGGCCUGUACCGAGCGUGGGUUCCCUCGGGAUGGCAUCAACAUCUUUGCCGUGAUGACCAGAACGCACCUCAUCGGACGGCAGGUCAAGCUGCGACAGAUUCGCGGCAACGAGGAACUCCAACCGAUCGUGCACGACACCAACAUCGAUCCGAGCUAUCAGGACUACCGCCGGCUUCCGGCCCCGGUAAAAGCCCUCCCCGGGGACAGUCUCAUCGCCGAGUGUAUCUAUGACAGCUCGUCGCGAAAAUCCAUCACGCUGGGUGGCAUGACGACACGGGAGGAAAUCUGCCUGGUGCUCACCCUUUACUACCCACGCCAGAAGGAGCUGACGUCCUGCCACUCGCUGCCGAGCCUGCCGACGGUGCUGCACUCGCUGGGGAUUCAGGAGCUGGCUUCCGGCACCAACCCGGUCGUGAUCGCGUCCCCGCCGGAGCUGGCCGGGAUGACGCUGGAGAAGCGGCUCACCUCGUACGACUGGGCGAACCAGUUCGAGAGCUUCCAGUACGUGACCCGGCGGGGUUCCUUCAAGCCGCUGUGCUGGACGCCCAACAACAGUAUGCUGCCGGGCAUCGAGAUGGAAUCGUUCGGCAGUAAUAUCACGCGCCACUGGCGGCCCGCGAACCGGUGCCGCAACAUUCACACCAACAUGGUGACGGAACCGAUGCAGGACGGCGGAAACAUGAUCGACAUGCCCGCGAUGGACGACCACGAGUCGACGAACAUGAUCGGCACCGGUGGGGGCGGCUCCACGUCCACGGACACGGACCUCAAGGCCAAAGUGGCGGCCCGGCCGGGUGUGGGCUCGAAUCGCCCCACGAGUACGAUGGGUCACAGCGGUGGAGCGGGGGGUGGUUCGAGGUGGUCAGUGGUGGGCACGGUGGCGAUGGUGGCCACAGCCAGCAUUGUAAUCGGAUUAAAUUAAUUAAAAUAGGAAUAAACCCUUUGGAUGUUUUUUUUUUUUGGGUGAGAGAUGAAGCUGGAACCGGUUCUGGAGCGUCCGUGUUCGUAUGGGAAAACAGAAUAUUGCCCCGGGGAUUAGUUCGAAAGUGGGAAAAAAUAAUUAAAUCUACAAGUUGUAACCGAGAAGCACGGUGUGCUGCAAUCAUUUUGAAAUAUCAUGCGAUGAUUUUCUGUGUUUUUAUUUAUCAAACAGUUUUUUUUUUAUCUCAAACAACUAGAUUGUUCAAAUAAAAUUAUGAUUUGAUCAAAUUAUUGCAAAUUUCAAAGCUUAUUAAGACAAAACAAAAAUCUACAUUCCAGAACACCGCGCAGAGGUGUUCCCCAAACAAUGUCCAGUUCUAGCAAGCAACACAAAAAAAAUAUUAGCAAAACCGGCCCAAAAAUGUUUUGUACAGGUCUGCAUUUGGGAAAUGGUGCGGAAAAUCGAGAAAGCAAUAACUUCCCCAAAACGAAUAAACCAAAAACAGUCCGAGUUUUGGGAGGCCCCAAACCACCCAAAACUUCGGGUUGGAUUAAAAACUCAAACCAACUCGGCAAAUUAAAAUUUGUUGUAAAAACCGUGAAUAUUAGGACACGUUCCCGUUAUGGUGUACAUACUAUUUUUCGAGAAGGAUGUUGCGCGGCGAAAGGGAGAAAGGGAAAGCAAGCACAUUUUAUAAAACAAAAAAACGUGGAAAGGUAGGAUAAGCUCAACAGCAUUGCAAACGCGUAGAUUAACAUUCAUGCCUCCCCACCUUCCUGGAAAAAAUGCCCGUUACCAAAGAGUUUUUAGCAGUGUAGGUAAACGAUAAAAACUUGUACUAUAGUGUAUAUAGGAACUUCCACGUUAAACUAAGUAACAAAAUUGCGAACCAAAAAUUUCCAGCAAGAGAAAAAGAAAUACCUUGAUUGAUUUUAGAAAGAAACCAACCUGCUAAACAAUUCAAAAAACAAAAAUAAUGUAGUGACACAUAAUCAAAUAGAUAACGCAAUAGCUAAAUCAAAUUUGAAAUCAAGCAAACUCAACAUAUGCAGCAGUAUCUUAUCAAAAGUCUUCUUACAAGCGGAACAUCCGAACCAACCAAAAAAAGAAAAAAAAAAUGGGAACGUUCUAAGGGACAGAAUCAAACUAACCAAACCAAAUAUACAUAUAUAAAACUAGAUAUGUAAGCAGCACAGUACUACUCGCAAAUCACGCUGAUUCGUGUAAAAAAUUGUAUCUAUCAAAUAUACUAUUUAAGAAAAUGAAUAUAAAAAA